CUGGCCUGCUCUCCUCAGCUCUUACAGUGCUCACUUGUUUUCACGGAGCAGUGGGGUAAAAUGCCUUAGGAGAGAAACGUUCUAGAAGACAGUGUAUUCCUUCUGAAACUGCCUGGUCUGUGGAAGAUUCCUUCGCUGAGCACACCCAGGGACUGCUGCACUUCAGAGAAGCACCAUGCUGAAGAGGGAGGGGAAGGCUCCACCUUACACUGAGGCCCUGGAUGGAGGAUGGGGAUGGAUGAUUGUGCUUCAUUUUUUCCUGGUAAAUGUGUUUGUGAUGGCAAUGACCAAGACUUUUGCAAUUUUCUUUGUGGUCUUUAAAGAAGAGUUUGAAGGUACAUCGGAGCAAAUUGGCUGGAUUGGAUCCAUCAUGUCAUCACUUCGUUUUUCUGCAGGUCCCCUGGCUGCCAUUAUUUGUGACAUACUUGGAGAGAAAACUACCUCCAUUCUUGGGACUCUCCUUGUUUCUGGUGGAUACCUGAUCAGCAGCUGGGCUACAAGCAUUCCCUUUCUUUGUGUGACCAUGGGAUUUUUACCUGGUUUAGGUUCUGCUUUCUUGUAUCAAGUAGCUGCUGUGGUAAUGACCAAAUACUUCAAAAAACGACUGGCUCUUGCUACAGCUAUUGCCCGUUCUGGGAUGGGCCUGACAUUUCUAUUAGCGCCCUUUACAAAAUUCCUGAUAGAUCUCUAUGACUGGACAGGGGCCCUGAUAUUAUUUGGAGCUAUUGCAUUGAAUUUGGUGCCUUCUAGUAUGCUCUUAAGACCCAUAUAUAUCAAAAGUAAGAACAAUUCUGAUAUUAAAGACAAAGACAGUAGUUUGCCCCAAAGCAGUCCAGUGGAACUAUGUGAGACAGAAACAUAUGGCGAUGAAAUACAAGAAUCUACCAACAAGGGCAGCCCCAAGCAGAAGGCUGGACAAGCUGGUAAAAGUUUAACAGUCUCACGAAAUCAAAGGGAAGAGUUCAAGGAGCCUCAGAGGAACACAAUGCUGCUACUAAGUAAUGAAGAAACUUAUGAGAAAAAGGCUAUUUCAUGGAGCUGCAAACAGAAACUCUUUGAUACUUCUCUCCUUGGGAAUCCUUUCUUCUACAUAUUUACCUGGUCUUUUCUUCUCAGUCAGUUAGCCUAUUUCGUCCCUACCUUUCAUCUGGUGGCCAGAGCCAAAACAUUGGGGAUUGACGUAAUGGAUGCCUCCUACCUCGUUUCUGUAGCUGGUAUCACUGAAACAGUUAGUCAGAUAAUUUCUGGAUGGGUUGCUGAUCAAAACUGGAUCAAGAAGUAUCACUACCACAAGUCUUACCUCAUCCUCUGCGGCAUCAUUAACCUGCUUGCUCCUCUAGCCACAACAUUUCCACUACUUAUGACCUAUACCAUCUUCUUUGCCAUUUUCACUGGUGGUUACCUGGCAUUGAUACUUCCUGUACUGGUUGAUCUGUCUAAGAAUUCUACGGUGCACAGUUUUUUGGGACUUGCCAGUUUCUUUGCUGGGAUGGCUGUUCUUUCUGGACCACCUAUAGCAGGCUGGUUGUAUGAUCACACCCAGACGUAUACUGGCUCUUUCUACUUCUCUGGCACGUGUUACCUCCUCUCUUCAGUGUCUUUUUUCUUUGUACCACUGGCUGAGAAAUGGAAAAACAGUCUGACCAGAAAGAGAGAGGAUGGCAAUCAAGUAAGAGCUGAACACAAGAAAAUCUAAACUAGUAAGUCACUGGAAACAAAAGCUUGAAAGAAAAGUUUCCUCAAAACUUUUUAAAAUUUUAAAAUGAGAAGGUAAACCAGUUUUUAAGGUUCUUGCUUUAGCAUUCUGAGGAAUGUCUAAUUGGUAGUAAAAAAAAAAAAA